UUGGCAAGAUUAUGCCUUUUUUACUUCCGACAAUGCUGAUCAUGCGCUCUCAAAUCACGGCCACAAUCGAUCACAGGGGGCUCUAUGGACUUACACCACCGUUCUGAAGCGUGAACAACGAAGAAGAAGAAUCGGAUCUCAACAACUAUGAAUUCGCCUUGUCUCAUUUAUUUUGUGUUUCUGCUGCUUCUUAUUGGGGGUUCUUCAAGACCACUCUAUCCGCUACCAAGUAGAAGAAAUGAUAGAAAUAGACGACCUCUCCAAACCUUUCGGCCAUUUAACAUUGCACAUCGUGGUUCGAAUGGAGAAAUUCCUGAAGAAACUGCUGCAGCAUAUAUGAGAGCCAUUGAAGAAGGCGCUGAUUUCAUAGAGUCGGACAUUUUGGCCUCAAAAGAUGGUGCUCUCAUAUGCUUCCAUGAUGUAUACCUUGAUGAUACUACCGAUAUAACCAAGUACAAGGAAUUCUCUGGAAGAAAACGGACCUACGAGGUUCAAGGGCAAAAUAUUACGGGUCAUUUUGUAGUUGAUUUCACACUAAAAGAGUUGAAGUCCCUCCGAGUGAAUCAAAGAUUUUCUUUCCGAGAUCAACAGUACAAUGGGAAGUUUGGUAUUAUCACAUUCGAGGAGUUCAUUUCAAUUGCUCUGGAUGCACAUAGAAUUGUCGGGAUUUACCCUGAGAUAAAAAACCCAGUAUUCAUCAAUCAGCACGUGAAAUGGGCGGACGGUAAGAAAUUUGAGGACAAAUUCGUCGAGACACUUGAGAAGUAUGGAUACAAAGGCUCAUACUUGUCCAAGCAAUGGCUAAAACAGCCCGUCUUUAUUCAGUCGUUUGCGCCAACAUCUCUUCUAUAUAUAUCAAAACUCACUGAGUUACCCAAGAUCUUUCUGAUUGAUGAUACGUCAACGCCAACUCAAGAUACGAACCAGUCCUAUUCGGAGAUCACUUCAGAUAAAUAUUUCGACUAUAUCAAGGACUUUGUUGUGGGAAUCGGGCCGUGGAAGGACACCAUAGUUACUGUGUCGAACAAUUAUCUACAAACGACCACAGAUCUUGUAGCGCGAGCACAUGCCCGUAACCUUCAGGUACACCCCUACACUUUCCGGAAUGAGAACAAGUACUUGCAUUUCAACUUCAGCGAAGAUCCUUACAACGAAUUCGAUUAUUGGAUAAACAAGAUUGGGGUGGAUGGGCUGUUCACAGACUUCACGGGAAGCUUUCACCAGUAUCAGGAAUGGACGUCGCCACCUGAGGUGAAUUUCCAUAAACUUGUUGAUAAUAUUGUUGCCAUGAUCGCUGGGUUUAGGGGUUCCUAGGUUUUCAUUCUUUCUUUGCAUUUUAAUGGAGGUUGCAGAAAAUUUGUGCGUACUCAUCAUUGUCACGUCUCUGCUGCGAAUAUGCGAUUACAUACUGUGAAUGGAAUAUGAUUUUCAAUAUUUUUAUU